CGGGCGGUCGACUGAAACAGUGAACCGACUGUUGGGGAGCUAGGCGUUGGAAAAAAUGUUCCAGAAUUUCAAACCGCGAGAAGAAGUCGGAAAUAUGUAAUGUAUAGGCUGAGAGCCACAUACAAGCUGUACCUCAGCAAAACGGUAUGCCCUCGGUUGUUGGAGAGUUAAAGUGUUGUUUUGGUUCCUCAGUUUUCUUUCCAAAUCAAGACUGAUGACAGUAGACAACUGUGGUAAGGACCUAGGGCAGGCGUGUCGGACAGACGUUGUCAACAGAGGUAUGGAUGACCAUGGAUGUCCAGGUACUCCUCAUCGUCGACCGCCAUGCACAAGGAGAUCGUCUAAGAGCAAAGCCCCCCCGCCUCCGCAGGCCGUGAAAGACCUUGAUGGUCCGCCGCUCUCCCCCACGGCACUUGGCUACCAGCGCGCGGCCAUGGAGCAGCAGGACAGCCCCCUGGAGCGGGACCUGACCCUGGUGGUGGUGCUGCCCGAGGGGGAGGAGAAGACCACCGUGGUCCACGGCAGCAAACCCAUGAUGGACUUGUUAGUGACGCUUUGUGCAAAGUACCACCUGAACCCAUCUGGACACACCAUCGAGCUGGUCUCCACAAACCGGAACCACAUCAAGUUCAAGCCCAACGCUUUGAUAGGAGCCCUGGAGGCCGAGAAGAUCCUGCUCAAGCCCAAGGGGAUGGAGGAGAAGAACAAGAGGGUCGGGCCUCAGAAGCCGGAGGCAACCGUCCGCGUGGUCAUAAACUACAAGAAGACGCAGAAGACCAUUCUCCGAGUCAGCCCCAAGGUCCCACUCAACGAUCUCCUGCCAGCCAUUUGUGAGAAAUGUGAAUUUGACACGGCGACGACCAUCCUGCUGAGAAACGUGCAGUCGGACGAGCCACUGGACCUGACCCACUCCCUCAACGACUUCGGCAUCCGGGAAGUUUAUGCAAGAGACACAAAAGCAAUGAGCCCAACAGAACUGCCUCCAUCACCCACUCAUUCAGACACACUUUGUCUGUCGGUCAGGAAGGACAAGAGUCAGAAGGAGCGAGAGAACAAGGAGAAUAAAGGCCUGUUCAGCAUGUUCAGGAGGAGCCGAAAGAAGUCUGAUCAGCCAAUGACGGCGAGCGCCCCGGCGUCCCCCAUCCUGAGGAAGCCGAGGCCGGUCAGUAUGUGUGCCCUCCCGUCGCACACGUCCAGCUACAGCUCCAACACCAUGCCGUCGGACGGGCCAAAGAAGCGACGAGCGCCCUUGCCCCCCGCCAUGAUGUCAUCGGAUGCCACCGCUGACCAGGGGGCAGAUCCGGAGGCCAAGCCCCAGUCUCCCACACAGACAGAUGGACAUCAGGACCAUCCCGCCGUGAGUCGAGUAUCCUCCUCCGAGUCGUCGCUGAAGAGGACCAAGCGGAAGGCGCCUCCUCCACCCACCCCCUCCUCCACCACCACCUCCACCCCCGCCCCGAGCCCAUCUCCCCCCGAGGAGGCUCCAGCAGAGAGGAGUCUGACAGGAAUUCCAUUGCAGGCCCCUCUGGAGGAGAUCCGGGAGCAGGAGGAGUCCCUGGCGCCCACUCCCGCCGAGGAGGAGUCGGCCGAGUCUGCGGCGCCUCGGGAAGACGACUCGGGGUCCCCUCCGCUCCAGUCCUCCAGCGCACUGGGCCACACCCAGGAAGACGACAGCAGCCUCAACCUGUCCGCCGACAUCUCCAUGGACUUCGAGCCAGGGGAGGCGUCCUCGCCGACCCACGACUCCGACAUGCUGAGCCUCUCGGCGUGCGAGGAGGACACGGGGGAAGAUCAGUCGUGUGAUCUGUCCUCACAUGGCAAACUAGCUGGUAGCUUGAUGAGCAGCGAGGAGCACGCCACUCAGACGCUAAGCACAGAAGCACAGGAUGCCACCAAGGGUGAAGAUGAGGACAGUGUUGUGGAGGCAGCAGUGGAGAGCAGUGAGCAGGCUGCCUCGUCUGCUCAGGAAGCCACAGUGCCUGACCACAUUCCUGGAGGCGCUGCAGACCCAAGGCGCUCACCUGGGGCCACUGGAUCUCCGCAACCCCCACCUGAAAGCCCGCAGCCCCGGGCGGCGGAGGAGCCCUCACUGGACACGGCGGGCAGCAGAGCGGCCAGCUCUCUGGAGGAACACGCGCAGGCCGAGGCAGUGAGCGGCGCGUCCUCCCCGACCAACGCUCCCGCCGGGGCCACCUCCAAACCCCAGCCCCGGCCAACGGCUACGCCACCGCCGUCACCUCAGCUUAAGGCGGACACAUCUACUGAGGAACUCACCAGUCCGGAGGCUGUCUCCCCCGUCGCUGAUCCCCCCACGCCUAGCCCUCCCCACACCCCAGCCCCCGCUCCUGCCCCCGCUCCUGCCCCCGCUCCUGCCCCGGUGCCCUCCGCCGCCCAGGGGGGCCCUGUCGCCGAGUCUCCCGUCACCAAGCCCAAGCCAAAACCCUCCAACGAGGUGACCCGCGACUACAUCCCCAAGGUGGGCAUGACCACCUACACCAUCGUGCCUCAGAAGUCGCUGGAGAAGCUGCGCUACUUCGAGGUGGAGCUGACACUGGAGGCGCCGCCGCCACCCGCCACCCUCGAGGGCGAGGUCGUAGACGACGACGCGGUGAAGACUCACGAUGAGUCGGCGACCGCAGCGCAGACGGCAGACGCUCCCCCCGCCGCCCCCGGAGCUGAGCCGGCACUCAGGAAUGGGGCCGAGCCGAGCGACUCACCCGCCGCAGCAGCCCCCUCGCAGGCGUCUGUGUCGGCGUCCCUCCCCGCCGGGGAGCCCGGGAGCGCCGGCCGCCAAGCCGAGGAGCCGGAGCAGGCUGUUCCGACGGAGGCGGCGGGGGAGGUCAAGGAAAAGAAAGUUCCACCCGCAACUAAGCCCAAACCUGCCUCUUUCCGCUUGCCACAGCACAAAAGAACACCUGGGUAUUAUGUAACCUCGGCAGCGGUGAAGAGCGCUGGGGGCGGCCACAAGGAGGCUGCUGCUGCUACUGCUGCUGCUGCAGGGGGCCAGCCCAGGGAGCCCAGCCCUCAGGUCGGAGACGAGGCCGCAGUGGAGCGAGUGGACCGAGUGGAGGAGGUGGUGGAGGAGGAGGAGGAGCAGGAGGAGGAGGGCAGGUUGUUCCCUCCACCGCCGCCACUGGAGCCUGCUGUAGAGGUGGAGCUGGAGGGGCAAACCCUAGCAAGUGCCCCAGCAGAGCCAGCCCAGAAACCAGCAGCCACCAGCCCCAGCCCCAGCCCCAGUCCUAGUCCUAGUCCUAGCCCCAGCAGUGGAUACCCUGAUGCCAUCCUGACCAGGCAGGCCAGCCUGCCUGCUAAGCCCCCCUCCCCUGGGCUCAGCCUGGAGAAGCUGCGCAGCUUUGCGGCACCCAAGCCCUACUCCCCGACCUCGCAAUCCCGCUUCGCCCAGGCCGUGUCCUCGGCGGUCAAGAGGUCCCAAGGCCCCGCGGCCGGCGGGCAGACCGCACGCAAAGUGCCCCUCUCCCCCCUGGCCGACCACAGUCCUAUAAGACAGACGACAGAGCCCUUGAAAAACACGGUGACAGACAAUGGAGAGCGAGACGACAAAUGUCCAGGUGCACAGGGAGCAGAGGGGGCUGUGACCGGUGAGGCCGCAGGACCCAGGGACACCCAGGGCCAGGAGUCGGCCACGCGGGACCACAGCCAUGGCAACGGAGCGCCCGACACACUCCCCGUGUCAGGAGUUCCUCCCUCAACGACGCUGCUGCAGAGUUCAGGCGAGAUGCAGGCGGCACACGAGGAGUAGACGGGGGUGGGCUCGGGAGGGUGACAGAAGGAGGGGACCGUGGAGGUGGGGGAGGGUGGCUGUCACACGGUUGGCACACCCCAGUGGCGUCCUGUUGAGUCUUUGGUUCCUGAUGUUGAGAGAUUUGCUUUCUUUUCACUUUGGACAAGUUUGUUUGACUUUUAAACAGCUAAAUACAUAAUUUCUCAGUAAUUGUGCAACAAGUUGGUGCGUAUGUAAGCUUGAAAACAGACAACUUUUGAGGGUUCCUAUGAAUAUUGAAUUCUGUAUGUGUAAACGUUGGAAAAAGGUUUUCUAUUUUAUUAGGUGUUUUUGCCUUUUAAAUUAUUAGUCAUAAAAUAAAGAUGUAAUUAUAUACCAAUGUGAAAAAUGGUACUUCUCAAAAUGUGUCCCUCAGUCCAUUUUUUACUUGUCUGGUUAACUAAGCUGUGCCCUGAAGACACUGGUAUAAUCUAUAUUGCUCGGGAUUUGAAACUGCUGUAAGAUCUUAAGUUGUUAUUCUUCUGUAUAUUAAAUCAUAUGAAAAAGUG